GAGCUUCCCGGCUUCCUGUGGCCGCGUUGAGCCUUCAGCUCGCGGCCAAUGAUUUCACCCACGUCCCAGGGAACCAGGUCACCCGUCGACCUCCUCCGGGACAUGGCGGAGCUUGGGCCCGGCAAGCUCCCAACACACCGGGAAUUCCUGGGAGGGUGUGGCCCUUUUGCGGCCGAGCGAUGGGAGCAAAACAGGCUGCAGCUCUCGCUUUUGUCCCUCUGCCUGCAUCUGUUUUCCCUCCACCGGUGGCGGGGGGGUCGGCUUUGACGUCAUGGGUGACACCCUGGAAACUUCAUGACGCCUCUUUUGGACAAUUAAAUACUCAUUUAUAGUUUUGGAGGAAAGUAAUGUGUUUAUCUCAGUAGGACUUUGACUUGCAAUCUCCCUCUCUCCCACCCAAAAGCCAGACUUGCCAAAGAAGUGUGACAUCACUGUUGUCACGGAAACCGGAUGACAGGAUUGGAACAAAACUCACCGUAUGUGUAAUUAGAGCCACGGUGAUUCAUAAUCUUGCGAAAUUGAAAGUUAAAGUGAUGCGUUGUGCUAGGAGAGGCUCCAGCUUUGUUUUUCUUUGAAUUUCCUCUGGCGCCAAACCUGUCAGCACCCUUAAACAUCUGAUCCUGUAGGCCCUGCUGUGGAGUUUGAAUGUUCGCCAUUGGCUCAUUAAAAAAAGUAUAUUAUGCCUUCAUAAAAAAAUUAAUAAUAAUAAAUUGCCAGGCACGGACACAAAUUUAAAAUGUGGUCAGGGUUUGACUCAUUUGGGAUUCCGCUGUGCACGUAUCACCAUAGAUUGUGGCGUCCUCUAGCGCCAUCUAGCGGACGCAUUUACAAAGCAAUCUCAUCCUCUUGUUCCUCUAGAGUGGAAGCAAAGCACUGAGUUGCAGGGGUCACAAGUUGAGGUGAAAUCAAUCCUCUCCGAGGGAAGCAGCCCCAUGUUGGUUGGAAGUUAUUUUAAGACGGCUCGAUAAUGUGGAGGCAUGCUUGGAAUUCUGAUGCCUGAGCACCAUCAUCAUCAUGCUCAUUAACAUGCAAACAUCACUCAUGGGGAUUACCCUUGGUGAAGCUUCUUGUUCCCGGGCAGACCAAUGGGCGCUCCUGCUUCGGCUCUUCUUUCUGUGUUUAUUAAUACACCUAAACACAUUUGAGGUUGUCUUAGUCACACAUAGCUGCAGUCAAACUGUGGAGGGUGCAGGGGGGGCGGGGUUGUGGAUCUUCAUACCCGCUCUCGCUCAUUUCGCUUUGUCAUUUGGAGCAACCGGAUCCAUCCACAGGCCGGAGAACAAGUAAGGGAUUUUUAGUUCAAUUUGAAUGAAGCAUCUGGGAAAAGUAAAGACAAUUUGAAGUGGUGUGAGGUUAAAAGUUGCUCGUGGUUAUAAUGGGAAUCUAAAAUGGGUCAGCAAAUAUAUCUUUUGGACUGCAUCAAGACAGCUGACACGGGGAUGGAUCGUGAAGUUGACGCAAACAGCAGUUUGAAGCGUUAGAACCUCGCUAUGGAGGACGACAGCGAUCCGCCCUUUGAUUUCGCGCCUCUCUUCAUCCAAGAAGAAAAUGCUGAUCCCGAGAGUAACUGGUCGGCUUUCACGAGGACGCAGGUGAGUCAGCCGUCUUUGAUGGGGACGUACUUGCGCCAGAUGGACGACUUACUCGAGAGGCGCGAGGAGUCAGAUGCAGAAGAGAUGCUCGGCCAAAGAGAAAUGUAUUUUACCGCCCCGGAAGAAGACAUGCCCGUCACUUCGGCGGGAAGCGAACUGAGCGACACCAUGGUGCGAUAUGAAGAUCAACUCAUGGGGAUGUUGGCCAUGCUGGAGAGCUGUAUGGAGGAGGCGGAAACCGAUUUUCAGGAGUAUGUCCAUGUGAAUAAAGUCGUUGAAUCUGAAUCGGACCUUCACGAGCGUUCCGAGCCAGCGGUUGCUUGCGCUUCCAAAGUGGAUGAUAUCAAUGUCGCGGAAUUUCCACCCGAAGCCUUGGAGAUGAAUUUUGCAGUGGAUGGAUUUGAGGAACUGAAGUGUCAGAUGGAGGAGUGCAUUGAGGAGCUGCAGCGCUUAGAGAGGAGGAGGAAGGACCUACUGGCGGAAGUGCUGGAGCUGAGGCGGCAGGAACUCCAAGAAGAACCGGAGGAAAACAUUUCAAGCACAGUAAGCCAGGUGAUGGCAGUGUUAAGAAAGGAGGAGGAAGACCGGAGAGAGGAGAGAAAGAAGGAGGUGGGGCUCCUUAGGUCAGAAGUGGCCGAAGAAGAGCGGCGAGUGUGGAAGGUGGAAAUGGAAAAGCAGGAGUUGCUCAACCAGAUGCGCAAGCUGAAGAUGCAGUUGUUCACCAAAACCAGGGAGAACGCCUACACCCGGGCGGCCCUCAACAAGCGACGCCACGAAAUGGAUCUCCAGAAGAGAGAUGAGGAGAAGCUACAGACCUCGCUCCAGCAAAUGACCGAGGAGGGCUCGCAGAUCAGGUCGGCCCAUCAACAACGUCUCCAGGACCUUCGAGAGGAGCUUCGACUUUGCAACGCCGGCCGGAUCUGCAAGGCGACACAGGAGGAACUACCCGAGAGGAACUCCUGCAAGGACAUCCAGCAGUACCUGCAGGACAGUUUGAAGGACCUCCAGAACAAGUAUGAACCCAUGUUGCUGGCCCUUCAGAAGAGGAAAGAGACAACAACCGGCGCUUGUGUAAAAGCUAAAGAGCAGACCCGGGAGCUCAAGGCCCAGCUUGGACCCCUGCGGGAAGAGACGCAAACGCAGGUCCUGCAGAGAGCCUGCUUGGAGGAGAAACUCAAACUUGUUCACAUCCAGAUGAGAGAAGAUGCCGAGCACUAUGAGGAGAACAUCCGUUGUCUCGAGAGGAGCAGCAGAGAGUUGAAGACGGAGUUGACCAUCCAGAAAAGACAAAUCAAAGAGGCGGCAGAGUUGCGAGAUCACCUUUCCAAACAACUCCUCCUAUAUAGGUCUGCUGCGGGGGACCACCAGACACCCGAACAUCAAAAAAAACCUCUCUAGAUAAGUUUUUGAUACGCAGAAGAGUAUAGAAUGCACUUUACACAUCAUUUUGCAUUGUUUACCAAAUUAGUUUGAUGUGUUCUUUAAAAAAAAAAAAAAAAAAAACAUGAAAUCAAACUUGUUAAUCCCUUUUUUUGUUCUCGAAUACAUCCUUCCAUUUAUUUUCCACCGAACGGACUCCUGCUGCAGAAACUUUUAAUGACAAUACCAUUUUUACACGAACGAGCGGCUCUGCCUCUGUCCAUGGUCUCCUCAAAUCCUUCGUAAGUUACCGUAAUUUUCGGACUAUAAGUCGUGUUUUUUUUCAUAGUUUGGGUGGGGGUGCGACUUAUACACAUAUAUAUGUUUUUUUUUCACUUUUUUGGGCAUUUUAUGGCUGGUGCGACUUAUACUCCGGUGCGACUUAUAGUCCGAAAAUUACGGUACAUUUCAGGAAGUGCUUGAGGAAGUGCCGAACUGCCACCAGGUAAAAAGCGAAUACUAUUUUAGACUAGCGAUUUAUUUAUCCUGUUACCCAGUUGCAUGAUCAAUAUUACAUUUAUUGCAUUGGUUUGUUUUUGUGACAAUUUAUUGCAGAAAAGUUCAAAAUAGUUGUUAAUUACAUUGCAAUCAAAAUGAGAUAAAAAAAAAAAAAAAAAGACUCCUCCAGGUCACUCUCACGACCAAUAGAGGAACCAUUUUUUUUCUCCCAUUGCUUUUUACAGAUGUGCACAUUAGCCGGAUUGCUGGCCUUUGCCGCUGUUUGACACGUCCACGCUCGACCUCUAUAAAGAUUAUUCCAAGUGAAACCGCUUGUCAGCUGUAAAUAAUAUACCAUAGGCUUUUUGUUCUCGGGUUUGUCAUUUGUCAUUUUAUGAUUUCCUUUAAGUCCUUUGCACUUUGCACCUACUUAGAUCUCAUCAUAAGAAACAGCUCACAGUUUUGUGCGUGCGUAUACCCCCCCCCCCCCCCCCCGAAAAAAAUGCAAGAUGCUCACUGAGCCCAUUUGCACGAUCGAAGUUUCCAUGUUAACAGCAGCCAUUAAAAGGGAUCAUUCAUAAUUUCUGUCGACCUUGUAACUUUGGCAGACCAUGCCACUAAAUUAAUUAUAUUUAUUGUUAGUAUCAUCAAAUUACUUGAUGUAUUUCAUUACUCGAAAGAUAAACAGUGACCUCGUCCUCUUUUGACUUCAUAAAAGGGCUGGUUAAUCACUACCUACUAUGAGCGGGGAAGUAAUUGAAUUGACAUUCAGGACAUUAUGCAAACAUUUUGAUUUCCUUUUCGGGCUAUUUUUAGAUUCCGUGUGUGUGCCCAGAAUUUACCCUUUGGCCGAACGAUCGCAAAGAACCUUGUCAACUUUCUGCGGAUGCUAUGAGACAUUAUUUUUGUGGUUGUGUGCGUGUUUGAACUUUAAGGCUAAAAAAAGCUUCUUUUAUUUUGUAUCUGUUAAAUAAAGUGCAGAUGUACA